AUGAAUGUUCUAGCAGUACUGUGGACAGUGUAUUUACUAGGUCUCUGCAACUGUGGAGAACUCAGUAGUCUCCGUAAAGAGGUUGUAGAUCUCGUCUUUGACCUCUCUUUUCCAGACUCUUCCUUGGUUAGGUACUAUGAAAGUACUGCAGAUGGAGUAGUCUACCAAUCAUUCUUCCCCAAGGGACAACUAUUCAGCAAGGUAGUGGAUGGAGGAGCUACUCUCUGGGAGGCUAAAGGAGAAGAGAGAUGUUCUGUACUAUUCACAAGUGUUGGCAAUGGCAAGAGCAGAGCCAUUCUCCAUGUAUGGGCUAAUGGUAUAGACUCCAAGAUGAUGCAUUAUGAGAAACUAGACGGAGAAUGGAAGCUUGUAACUGUAAGAGUUAAAGGUCGCCCAGUGUCUGACAAACCAGUCUCUCCACAAGAAUCUCUAGCAGACCUUGACUUUGCUAGUCUUGGAUGUCCACUGGGAGGAUUCUCUGCUACAGAAGUUCCUGUAGAGGAUCCCAAGCCACUCGCUGAGGAAGGUCCAUCUCAUGAGGAAGAGCUAGGAGAGCUUGAUGAAGCUUCGCCAGGGGACACUGUAGAACAUGAUGUAAAAGAAUCUGAAGAUGUUGUAGGGACUCCUGAAGAAUCUCAUGAUGAGGAAGAAUUGACAGUUUACAAGGUAGAAGACUCUCCUGUAGAGGAUCUCCCUGAACUUAUAAAAGAGGUUGAAAAUGAAGAAUCUACCGAACCAGAACCUUCAGUAGGAGAUACUGAUAAGGCACCUAAAGAUGCUCAACCUGAGGUCUAUACAGAAGUCCCUCAGCAAAGAAUGGUAGCUCCUACUGCACAAUUACAACAGGCCACUGAACCAGCUCCACCUGAAGAGGAACAGCAACAAGCUAAGCCUCAGCCUGCACCUCUGAGUGAGUUUGCUAAAAAGGUUGACUCUUUACUCUUUAAUGUCUUGGACUCUUUUGAAGGCAGUGCCAUGGUUCUUAAACUAGAUGCUAAAGAGGGUGUUACUGUCAAGAAUCUCAUGUAUGGUAAGGAAGAGGUCUGGAAAGAUAAGAAGAAAUCUUGUUCCUCCGCUCUCUUAUAUCUGGAUGGAGAAAAACCUACUCUUGCAGUUGUCGAUGUCCAAGAGAAAAAGAAUGUUAAAAAGAUUUACAGAUAUCAUGAUGGUAAGAAGUGGAAGAAUGGUAAUAUUUAUGACCAUAACAAGAAGUUGAGUGAGCUGAAGAAAAAGUAUAAACAUGCAAUACCUGCUACCCUUGACCUUUCUAACCCCGAUAAAACAAAGUUAGAUGUGCACACAGAAACUGAAUCUGGAAUGACUGUUAAGGAAUACUCUCCAAAGGAUGCCUUCCAUAUAUACUCUGUUCUUGAUGGUGGUAAGGAGCUAUGGAAGGCUGGGGCUGGUCAAAAGUGUUUCCUUGUGGAAUCUUACACCAAGAAUACUACUAAAGUUAUCUACUUAGAAAUUGAUAAUUGUAAUAGCAAUCAGUCCAAGUACUUUGGGAAUAAUGCUAAUGGAGAAUGGAAAAGUAUAGAAAAGGUAGAGUUUGAUAAGAAGAUAGAGGAAAUGAUUGGAGAGUCUGGAAAUGAUACUUCUCUAAAUAUUGCUCGUAUAAACUCAUCUAAAUGCCAGUCCUUCGACUAUACCUUCGCUGCAAAUGCGAUAAAGUUGCUUGUCCCUAAUAAAGGUGUUGCUGUGUCUAAGCUCAUGAAUGGUACUAGGACUGUAUGGACUCCUGGAGAUAAUGAAACAUUUGAUCAUGCUAAAUCAUUCCUAAACAAAGACGGUAAACCUGAACUUGUUCUUGUUGUAACUACUUCAUCUGGUACUCCUAAGGAAACUUACUUUGAGCUAAAGGGUGGUAAAUGGGUAUCCUGUAGUAAUCAUGAUGCCAAGAUCAAGAAUUUAAAGGAUCCUGUAGAAUGGAAGUCAAACUUUGAUAUCGACGUUUCCGCUUCUAAGUACACUGACAAGUGUAGCAUUUUUGAAGCAGAAUUAGUAGGAGUUACUGUUAAGCAUUUAUUUUCCAAACCUAGCCACGUUAUCAUGAAAGUUAAGGAUGGGAGUACAGAGGUAUGGAAAUCCAGACACUGUGGAGCAAAAGACUUUCGUAUGAACUAUGAUUACUGCCUCUCUUGUCUUAUUUAUAAGAAAGGUGAUAAGGAACUAAUGGAGGUGACACUUGUUGAGGAUCGAUCAAGGGGAUGGAAGUAUUUUGAAAAGAAUGGCAAUAGUUGGACUUCCAUUGAGAAGAAAGAGUAUGGUAAUAAGCUACAGGAUCUCAAGAAUGGAGUGACUACUCAGCCUUUUGUACCAUCUCCUAAGCCUAAGGAUGUCUCUGAAGCUCCUGCAGCAGAAACGGUCAUUAAAAGCAGUGAAUAA